CCCAAGAGCUCACCAUAGCUGCUCUCCACUCGAUCAAUCCUCAAAUUGCACGUAGAUUCGCCGCCAAGAGCCUUUGGCGCAUCGACGAAGCCCAAACCUCCCCCACCUCCCACGCCUCAAUGGCCCUCCCCUCCAUAGCCCUCCCGGGCACCCUCCUCGGCCCCGCAGACAAAUAUCUCCCAGGUCCCGGAACCCACAUCCACGCCUCGCAAAUCUACGCCUCGAUCGCCGGGCCCGUCGUGUCCUCAAAACCGUCCCCCGCCGCACCCGCCUCUACCUCCACUUCCAAGACCGCAAAGGCACCAAAACCGCUCCCCCUCCUCUCGAUAUCGCGCCCCGCCCCUGCCGACGACAAUGCACUGGGAAUAAUAGGCAACUCCGGCGGCGGGGGCACCACCAUCCUUCCCGAAAUCUCCAGCGAAGUCCUCGGCCGCAUCACGCGCCUCAGCCCGCGCUUCGCGAGUCUCGACAUCCUGGUCGUCAACAGCAGCGUGUGCCGGGAGCCCUUCCAGGGCAUGAUCCGCCGCGAGGACGUUCGGCUCACCGAAAAGGACAAAGUCAAGAUCGAGGAGAGUUUCCGCGUCGGCGAUCUGGUGCGCGGCGUCGUGAUUAGCCUAGGAGAUCAGAGCAAUUAUUAUGUUAGUACCGGGAGUAAUGAGUUCGGCGUUGUGAUGGCGCGGAGUGAGGCGGGGAAUACGAUGUUUCCGGUUAGUUGGAGGGAGUUUGGGGAUCCGAGAACGGGGGGGAGGGAGAGGAGGAAGGUGGCUAAGCCUUUUUGAGGGAGGGGGCUGGUGGUUGAGGUGGUUGAGGGGGCAUAGAAGCUUCGAUUGGGGAUAGGAGAUGUGGGGAUUUUUGGCGGAGAGCUGGAAUACUACUGCUAAUGAGG